AUGAAUGUAGAUAAUAGCAAAGGGAUAAAGUCUAUACAAUUGUAUAGAAUUAAACCAAGCUUUUUACAUUUAAAUGUAAUUCCAUUUAUUAUUAUAUACAUUUAUUUAUUUUAUUUAUAUUCAACAACUCCAAUAGAACCAAUAAUAAAUAAUAAUAAUAAUAAUAAUGGUACGACACUUAUAAAAUCAAAUGAUAGUAGUAUUGGUGGUGAUAUUAGCAAUGAUACCAUUAUUAAUAAUAAUAAUAAUUCUACUGAAAGUGGUGAAAUUAAAGAAGAUGAAAAUCAAGUUGAAUUCAAUUUACAUGUAUUUUUAAUUUGUUCAACUAUGGCAUUACAUUUUGUAUCGUAUUUAUUCAAUCAUUGGUCAAUUGAUUAUAAAUGUUUUGUAACAAUGAAGAAAGUUGAUAAUAUUAAAUUUGCAACACAUGCAAAAGUUACACCAGGUAAACAUAUGGGUAUGAAACAAUUAUGCCCAAUCUCUAGACAUUUACAUAGAGCACCUUCAUCGAUUUCAUCUGCAUCUUCAACAAGUGUAAACAUUGUUGGUAAUGGUAGUAAUGUUGGUAAAAUUUCAACUAAACAUCUAAGUGAAAAGGAAUUUAAAGAUUUACAAUAUUCAAUUGAAUUUCAAAAAAGAAAAUUAGUAUAUAAUCCAGAUAAGAAACAAUUUGAAAAAAUUAAAUUCCAUAUACCAUUAGAUAGUGAAGAAUUAUUAAAUCAAGCACGUUCCUAUGAAACUGAUGAACAAAUUGAAUUGGCAGCAAUGAAAUAUGGUUUAAAUAGAUUCGAUAUUCCAAUUCCAACAUUUUUAGCACUAUACAAAGAACAAGCUAUCGCUCCAUUCUUUGUUUUCCAAGUAUUUUGUGUACUCUUAUGGUGUUUAGAAGAAUAUGUUUUCUAUUGUCUUUUCAGUUUAUUCAUGUUAUUAGUAUUUGAAGCAACUGUUGUUAAAUCUAGAUUAAGUAAUUUAAAUUCAUUAAGAAAUAUGAGUAGUAAACCAACAUUCCCAAUUUAUGUUUAUAGAUUAAAUCAAUGGAAACAAAUUAAUACAACAGAGAUAUUACCAGGUGAUAUUGUAUCAAUUGGUAGAGGUGCAAGUGAAGCAACAUCAACACUACCAUGUGAUAUGAUAUUGUUAAGUGGUGGAUGUGUAGUGAAUGAAGCAAUGUUAACUGGUGAAUCAACUCCACAUCAUAAGGAAUCAAUAAAGGAUAGAAAAUCAACAAAACCAUUGGAUUUAAAGAAUGAAAAGAUUCAUAUACUUUAUGGCGGUACAACCAUUGUUCAACAUACACCAUCCGAGAAAUUAGCACGUGUCUCUAAACCACCAGAUAGGGGAUGUAUUGCAUACGCCUAUAAGACUGGUUUCAAUACGAAUCAAGGCAGACUCAUGAGAACAAUUUGGUUUAGUUCUGAACGUGUCACUGCAAAUAAUAAAGAAUCAUUCCUUUUCAUUCUCUUCCUAUUGACAUUUGCCAUCGCCGCCUCUGCCUAUCUAUUCAAUAAGGGUAUCCGUGAAAAUAAUCGUUCAAAGUAUAAACUUUUACUCAAUUGUAUCAUGGUUAUCACUUCUGUCGUCCCACCAGAACUUCCAAUGGAAUUAUCAUUAGCUGUAAACAAUUCAUUAAUCUCUUUAAUUAAAUUGGGUAUCUAUUGUACUGAACCAUUUAGAAUUCCAUUCGCUGGUAAGGUUGAUGUUUGUUGUUUCGAUAAAACUGGUACAUUAACAACUGAUGAUUUAGUUCUUCAAGGUAUUGCAAAUUGUCCAAAGAAAUAUAUAACUGCAAAUAACGAUCAUGAAGAUGUUGAUAUUGAUUCUACUACAACUGAUACCACUACUACCAAUACUACCACUACUACUACUACUACUACCAGCACCACAAAAGAAGAACAAGAAUCAUCUUUAACUUCAACAACAUUUGUUCAACCAAGUGAAUUAGCAGAUGUUAUUCAAUUUAUAUUAGCAGGUUGUCAUAGUUUAGUUUUAAUUGAUAAUAAAUUAGUUGGAGAUCCAAUGGAAAUGGCAGGAUUAAAAUCUAUACCUUUUACAUGUAAAGCCGAUAAGAUUUCUCAUCAAAAGAAACCAAUUAAUAUUGAAAUUGUACAUAGAUAUCAUUUCUCAUCAGAAUUAAAGAGAAUGACAACCAUUUGUAAUGUAGUUUACACCAAAAAUCUCCAAUGCAAUACUUAUGCAUUCUCCAAAGGUGCACCAGAGAUUAUGAAACCAUUCUUUAAUGAUAAAUCAUUACCAGAUAAUUAUGAUCAAUGUUUCAAGAGUUACUCAAGACAAGGUUCACGUGUUUUAGCAUUGGGUUAUAAGAGAUUCGAGUCUGGUUUAAAUGUAUCACAAUAUAAAUCAAUGGAAAGAGAUUCAGUUGAAAGUAAUUUAGAGUUUGGUGGUUUCAUCAUUUUCGAUUGUCCAUUGAAACCAGAUUCAAAGGAAUCAAUUGAAAUGUUAAUGAAUUCAUCUCAUCGUAUAGUUAUGAUCACUGGUGAUAAUAGUUUAACUGCUUGUCAUGUUGGUAAACAAUUAGGUUUUGUUCAAGAAAAUAAACAAACUAUAAUUUUACAAAAAAUCAAAAACAGUAAUAAUAAUAAUAAUAAUGAAAAAAAUGAAGAAAAAGAAGAAAAUAAUAAUAAUGAUAAUGAUAAUAAUAAUUUAGGUGAAUGGGUUUCAGUUGAUGAAUCAAUUAUAAUACCAUUAGAAAAUGGUAAUGAAAAUCAUUUAAAUCAAUUAGAUAAAGAUUAUAAUCUUUGUAUUGGUGGUAAUAGUUUAGAUUUAGUUAUUGGUGAUAAAAAUUUAGAGAAAGAUUUAUAUUUGGUUAAAGUGUUUGCACGUGUUUCACCAGAACAAAAACAAAUGAUUUUAACAAAUUUCAAAGUGAAUGGUCAUUAUACAUUGAUGGCAGGUGAUGGUACAAAUGAUGUUGGUGCAUUGAAACAAGCUCAUGUUGGUAUUGCAAUCUUAAAUAAAGGUGAAUUUAAACCACCACCAGAGAUUAAUCUUAGGGAAAUUUUCAAUCAAGCUAAACAAAGACAAAUGCAAGAACAACUACGUCGUAAUGGUGAUCCAAGGGCAGCGGCUGAAUUGGCUCAAAAACAAGCGGCUGAUCUUGCACAACGUAUGCAACAAGAUAAUGAAGUUCAAAUGGUGAAAUUGGGUGACGCUUCUAUCGCUGCACCAUUCACUUCAAAAUCGAGUGCCGUCAAACCAAUCACUCAUAUCAUUCGUCAAGGUAGAUGUACAUUGGUUACCACUUUCCAAAUGUAUAAGAUUUUGGCUUUGAAUUCAUUGAUCACUGCCUAUGGUUUAUCGGUACUCUAUUUGGAUGGUGUUAAAUUGGGUGAUACUCAAGCCACCAUCUCUGGUAUGUUGAUCGCCGUUUGUUUCCUCUUCAUCUCAACCUCAAAGCCUUUGAUGAAGUUGGCUAAUAAACGUCCAAAUCCAAAUCUAUUCUCACCCUAUAUGAUGUGCUCCAUCCUUUUACAAUUUGCACUUCAUCUAGUUUGUAUCAUUUUCAUCGUUCAUCAAUCUCAAUUAAGAAUUGGUACAAAUAGACCUGAUCCUGACUCACCUUUUGCUCCAAAUCUCUUGAAUUCCGCUGUGUUUUUAAUGAGCAAUGCUAUGCAAGUCGCCACCUUUGCCGUCAACUACAAAGGUCAUCCUUUCAUGCAAUCUCUCAGUGAAAAUAAACCAUUAUUAUACGCUCUCUCCUUUGUUUGGGGUUUAGGUUUAUUAUUGGCUACUGAAAUUAUACCACCAUUAAAUUCAAUGUUAGAAUUGGUUGAAUUCCCUGAUUCAACUUUUAGAUUAUAUAUGGUUGGUGCUAUCAUCUUGGAUUUAGUUGGUGCUUGGUUCAUUGAAAAAGUUUGUUCAGUUUUAUUAAAAAAUUAA